AUGGUUUCCGCGGAAGGAGGAAUUGCAGCGAAUGGCGGAGUGGCCCGAGUGAAGGGGCCACAGUCGAAAUUGUUCACGCCACUGAAGAUAUCCAAUGGCGCCAUCGAGCUCAAACACCGCGUAGUGAUGGCGCCGAUGACUCGCAAUCGCGGCGUGCCUCUGUGGCCUGACAGCACAGAAGAGCGGCAGAAUCGAGUAUGGUUGCCAGACGAGCUGAUGGCAGAAUAUUACGCGCAGCGCGCCAGUCAAGGAGGUCUCUUGAUCACAGAAAGCAUACUGCCAAGCGCGGAGUCUGGGGCCAUGCCUGGAGUCCCUGGUCACAGAGCUGUCCACGCUCGUGGAGCGUUCAUAUACGCCCAACUUACGCAUCACGGACGUGCUUGCAUCCCGCAGUACGCUGGACACAGUCCUGUCUCGGCGUCGGCGACGCCAUUUUCGACGAACGAGAAGUAUCCGUAUCCGCCUCCAUUCACACCCACAGACAUAUCGUAUAUGGACUCUUUGGUUGCAUAUAGGGACCACCCACCGGUUGCGCUCGACGUGGAGGGCAUCCAAAGGACAGUUGACGACUAUGUUCGCGCCGCAGAGAUGGCCAUGGCUGCUGGCUUCGACGGAGUUGAGAUCCACGCUGGAAAUGGUUAUCUUGUGGACCAAUUCUUGAACUCCAAUGUCAACACACGAAGCGACUCAUACGGUGGUAGUCCCGAGAAGCGGUGCAAGUUCGCUUUGGACCUGAUAGAGAGCAUAGGCGAGGCUAUCGGCGUGAGGAACGUUGCGAUCCGACUGUCGCCCUUCGGCGUCUACAACGAUAUGGGCGACGGCCAUCGAUUCGAGACCUGGAGUUGUCUUUUGCAACAGAUCCAGCUAAGGUAUCCAGAUCUCAGCUAUGUGCAUUUCGUCGAGCCGCGGGAGGACGAUUUGAACAAGAUCGGCGACGCUUGGCCUCGAGACCAGGCCAUGGACCUGAGCUUUGCCCGGGACAUCUUGCACCAAGUCCCGAUAAUCAGUGCAGGAGGCUGGAAUGAUGAAACUUGUUGGGACAUUGUAGAAUCCGAAAGGACUAUCGAUGCGUGUGCGUUCGCGAGAUGGUUUGUCAGCAAUCCUGAUCUCGUCGACAGGCUGAGAUCGGGAACGCUCUUGACGACGUACAAUCGCAAGACAUUUUACGGCCCAUCCAAGCGCCGGGAGAUUGGCUAUACGGACUAUCCGAGCUGCACUCAGACCAGCUGA